AUUGGUGGGACGGAUGUUCUCCAGCUGAGUAUCACCGUGGAAGAUGUUCCAGAGGAGAGAAACAACAGCACGUCGACGACAAUAAUCGGGUUGAUCGGUGGAAUGAUUGUCAUUUCUAUAACUGCAGUUGUCUUCGGGUUUAUUUACAGAGGAAUACAUCAUGGAAGAAGUAAUGAAGGAAGACACUUUGAUUCUGCUCCACCAAUGAGCAGUUUUCCAAACACGAAGCUAUUUGAAGACGCUCAGAGGCAAAACUGAAAAAGUUCUGUGUCUGACAGAAGAAGAUGAGGCUGAUCCUGAUACUCACUGCUUUGCAGUUUAAAGCCUCCAGGUCGCAGAUCAGUGGUUAUGGAAGUAAAACAGCUGUCUAUGGCGGAGAUGCACACUACUCUUGCUCAGUAGCAAACCCCACAGGUGUGAUCCAGGUCACAUGGCAGAGGAUUUUCAAGGAAGAGGUUGUUGAGAAUUUGGCAACCUACAGCCAGCGGUUCGGCCAGCACGUAAAUGACCCUCACAAAGAGAAGGUGACCUUCACAGAGGCGUCUCUCGGCUCCACGUCCAUCGCUCUGAGGAACGUGACAUGGGGGGACGAGAGCUGUUACGUCUGUUCUUUCAACGUGUUCCCUGAAGGGUCCAAACGAAAGCAGACUUGCCUCACGGUGCAAGGGAUUUCCGAAGUCAAAACAGAAGUUGAACGGGAGGACGAGAAGGUUGUGUUCAGGUGCUCUGCGACAGGUAAACCCGCUCCAACCAUUGGCUGGGCCUUCUCACCGGGCGCCACGCCCUCAGACCCACCGCAGAGUUUGAUAGUAACGAACAGUGACCACACGUUCACCAGCAGUGGCAACGUCACUCUGCACGCGCCUGCAGGGUGGGCGGGGCACGCAGACUGUCUGCUGAACGGCGGAGAGGCGGGACCACGGCGGGAGAGGAUCCACUUUUCUCUACCUGAUGGGAAGGAGGAAGAGGAGGGGAAAGGCCUGUCUUCAGCAAGGAUCGCACUUGUCAUCGUCACCGUGUUGCUCAUCUCAUCGAUCAUCGUUGCUGCUAUGACACGACACAGGUUAAAGGGUAUCAGACGAAAUGAACAUGUUUGACGAGCCUUUCACGCUGCCGACUGUGGACAUUCAAGCAUUAUAAAAUCUGCAUUUUAUUACAUCUAAACUUUAGAGGUGAACAGUGAGUUAAGUUUAAAGCUCCGCAGGUUUUUUUCAAAUCCAUCUCUUCUUUUAAAUUUCAAUACUAAGCACUUGAACAUUGUAUGGAGCAACCAAAGAGAGAAUACACAGAUGUGAUUUACAUAACUCCCUAAUAUGCAGUUAACUCUGCUCUUAUUCACAGUCACAUUGAGGUGAAAACAAGAAAAUGUGCCGCGUAGCAACAGCGCCAUCUAGUGUACUUAGUGGGGGAGAAGACGAAGCCCAAAUUCACAGCAAAUUUAAACAGUUUAUCUUUUUAAAGUUGACACGUGAUUGUGCGAUUGCAAGAUUGGCACUUAUGAAUAGUUAUAUAUAUAUAUAUAUAUAUAUAUAACUAUUCUAUAUAUAUCUAUAUACUGUUAGAUUAUUUAUAAUAUAGUAAACUGUAACAUCUUUUGUCUGACGGAAACAUGGCUGACCCCGCUGGUGCCGGAUUGAGUCAUAUGCCCAACCGAGUCCUUCUCUGUUUUCCGUGCAGACAGAACGGAAGAGUCUGGUAAAUCUAAGGGUGGAGGGGUUUGCUUCAUGACUAACAACAAGUGGUGCAGCCCCAAGGACAUUAAGACUCUUUCUCGUUCCUGCUCGCCGAACCUGGAACAUCUGACGAUCUCAUGCCGUCCAUUCUACCUUCCCCGGGAGUUCAGCUCGGUCAUCACCACAGCCGUCUACAUACCACCACAAGCGGACACCGACAUAGCACUAUCGGACCUACAUGAUGUGUUAUGUCGGCAUCAGAACAAGUAUCCCGACGCGGCUGUGGUGGUGGCUGGGGACUUUAAUAGGGCAAACC